GCGCUUCCCUUUCCAGCAGCGCCUGCGAACAUGGCGGACGUGGUUGCGGAGCAGGUAGCGGACCAGAUAGCAGUCCCGGCCCGGGAGCAGAACGGGGAGGCGGGGGACAGAGCCGAGGCCGACCCCGUGGGGGAGACAGCAAAAAAGAAGAAGAAAAAGAAGAAGAAGAACAAGUCCGCAACGACAGGCGCUGAGGAGGAGGCUGACGUGGUCGAAGUGGUCAAACAGCUGGAAAAGCAGGCGAUAGGAAACAAAGAGAAUGAGGAAGACGGCGAGGAAGAUGGAGACGAUGGAGAAAACUCAGCAGGGAAGAAGAAGAAGAAGAAAAAGAAGAAGAAAGGACCCAAAUGUCAGACUGAGAUUCCAUCUGUGCCCAUCUGUGAUUUGUACCCGAGUGGAGUUUUUCCCAUCGGACAGGAGUGUGAAUACCCGACCUUACAGGACGGUCGCAGCGCCGCGUGGCGUACGACCCACGAGGAGAAGCGGGUGCUGGACAAGGCCAACGAGGAGGUCUGGAACGACUUCCGACAGGCGGCCGAGGCGCACAGACAGGUCCGCCAGCACGUCCGCGGCUUCAUGAAACCCGGCAUGACCAUGAUCGAGAUCUGCGAGCGAUUGGAGGACUGCUCUCGCAAGCUGAUAAAGGAGGACCGCCUGGACGCCGGCUUGGCCUUCCCCACCGGCUGCUCGCUCAACCACUGCGCCGCCCACUACACCCCCAACGCCGGGGACACCACCGUGCUGCAGUACGACGACGUCUGCAAGAUCGACUUCGGCACGCACAUCAACGGCAGAAUCAUCGACUGUGCCUUCACCGUCACGUUCAACCCAAGGUACGACAAGCUGCUGGAGGCCGUGCGGGACGCCACCAACACCGGAAUCAAGAGCGCCGGCAUCGACGUGCGUCUGUGCGACGUCGGAGAGGCCAUCCAGGAGGUGAUGGAGUCCUACGAGGUCGAGCUCGACGGCAAAACUUACCAAGUGAAGCCGAUCCGAAACCUUAACGGCCAUUCUAUCGGUCAGUACCGGAUACACGCCGGCAAGACCGUGCCCAUCGUUAAAGGAGGAGAGGCAACCAAAAUGGAGGAGGGAGAAGUUUACGCCAUCGAGACGUUUGGCAGCACGGGUAAGGGGAUGGUGCACGACGACAUGGAGUGCUCCCACUACAUGAAGAACUUUGACGUGGGCCACGUCCCCAUCAGGCUGCCCCGAGCGAAGCACCUGCUCAACGUGGUCAACGAGCACUUCGGCACGCUGGCGUUCUGCCGCCGCUGGCUGGACCGCCUGGGCGAGACCAAGUACCUGAUGGCGCUGAAGAACCUGUGCGACCUGGGCAUCGUGGACCCCUACCCCCCGCUGUGCGACACCAAGGGCUGCUACACUGCGCAGUUCGAGCACACCAUCCUGCUCCGGCCCACCUGCAAGGAGGUGGUGAGCCGAGGGGACGACUACUGAUGGACCCCCCCCACACCCCCCUCUUUAACGACAACACACCCGCCUUCACCUCCGUCACACAGCGCCUCCACACCCCUCCCCUCCCCCACAGAACCCCAAAAAAGAGCCCCAAAAAAAAUGGAGUGAUGCCAAAUGCCGCCGUGUCCCACCCACAGUGCACCGCUCGCAGCUCGCGUGGGAGGAGGGGCGCGUCCUUGCAGAGGUUAUGCAACAUUGCCGCGGCAACGGCGCCUAUCCGGUCGAAGGAAGGAGCUGUCGGCGGUGUUUGCGCCCCGUGUUUUACAGAAAUAAGUGUUUAUUUAAGCUGCUGCUGAAUCUAGAGCGCGCCGAGUAUUCAGAGAGACGGUGAGCCGCUUUCUUUUUAAGUUUCCUCCGGACCCGCCGGCUCGAUCUACGCCAAACUCUGCAAACGCGUUUAGCUCCGGGUGUCUUAUUAAUGAAUCCUCACGCAGCUGUAUGUUUGGUUCUGUUGAAACCAGGUGGUGGGCGGGGGGGGGCGGGCUCUGUCCCCUCUAUUUGUUUAUUUGAAAUUGGCGCUUCAGUUUGUUCCUCAGUUUAAAAAAAAAAAAAGUUUGAUUUCCUCCCUGAAAAUGUUUUUGUAAGAAAAAAGUUGAUUAAAAUGGUUUUGCGCAUCGUGGGUUUUGGUUUCUUCUGAGAAGUUCUGUGUAUAUUUAACAGAACAUGAAUAACAAUUAACUGUUUUAAUGAGAGCAUAUAUCUUAAUAAAUCCACUGAAGUAAA